GUUACUAUGGAUGUGCAUUUGAAGAAUUUGUUUACUAGAUAUCAAGAACAAUUUGGGUGUGGCCCAGGACUUGGUCCUGGAUCAGGAGCAUGUUUGUUGAAGGUGGAUGGCAUUACUCCACCUUUUAUUAAGUCUCUGUAUAGAACCGCCGCCGUUUUGUACAGGACUGAUCCAUGGAAGUGGUUGCGCCCAGAGCAUUUGUUUGGUAUAAAGGUGGGGAAGGAUUCAGACUGGUCUAGCAGAAAACAGCCAUUUCCUUGUGUUCAGUUUAUUGGUGGGAAUGGUGGGGAUAUAGGGAUUUACAUGUUCAGGGCUCAUGAUGAUGCAAAAAAAAUGACUGCUUCUAGGGAGACUAUUCGAGUUCCAAACACUGAGCUUUUGAGGGUGACUUUUGAGCUGGAGUCAAUCAUGUUCCCUUCAAAUAAGAGAAUGAUAAAGUCAUUAGCUUUGGAGGUCUCGGAUACUGAUCGAUUUCCGGUUAUUGACAUUGUUCGCUGCACGUCAUCUGUUGAACUUCAGUUCAGAAAUCCUACUCUUGAAGAGCUUAAGUUUACGUAUGCUAUUUUAAGAGCCAUUCCUUUAGUGCAUCCUCUCCUUAGGCAAGAUUAUGAUGCAGGACCAAAGUGGUCUCGAAUGAUGUACUUUGAAUCAUUUAUUGAAACAGUUGAUGUCCAAUGGCCCCUGGAAAUGGCAAGAGCAAAUGAUCUUGUAGCGGUUACGGUUUCAUACCCUCCUGGCCACAGGUUUUGUACCAGAAUAUGCCGGACAUCUUCCCGUCUUCGGAGUCCAAUGGGUGGAGGUUGGGAGUGGAGAAGGGGAAAUUGCACCGGCAACUUUUUGGUUUUGAUUUUUACUUCUGAAAAGGAGCCCUAA